AUGGGCUCCCAAUUCAGCCAAAUAUUCCCACCAGCUCCCAAAUUCACCGAGCCAUCCCUACCCGACCUCCACGGAAAAGUCUACGUUGUAACAGGCGCCUCAGCCGGCAUAGGCAAAGAACUCGCCCGCCUCCUCUACUCGCACAACGGCAGAGUCUAUAUCGCAGCCCGUUCCUCCGAAAAAGCCUCUGCAGCAAUAUCAUGGAUCAAAGAAGCCCAUCCUGAAUCCAAGGGCACGUUGCAAUACCUUCAUCUCGACCUUGACGACCUACACGGCAUCAAAGCAUCCGCAGAGAGUUUCCUCGCUCGAGAAACUCGUCUAGAUAUCCUCUUCAACAACGCAGGUGUCAUGACGCCACCAAAGGGCACAACAACGAAACAAGGAUACGAACUGCAACUCGGAACGAACUGUGUCGCGCCGUUUCUCUUCACUAAGCUAUUGACCCCCAUAAUGCUCGAGACAGCGAAGAAGGAGCCCAAGGGCAGUGUGAGAGUAGUUUGGGUGAGUUCCUUAGCUGCACAGCUCAACGCGCCGGCGGGAGGUGUCGACAUGAACAACUUGGAUUAUAAGAAAAAGGAUGUCAAUCAGAUGGCCAAGUAUGGGAUUAGUAAAGCGGGGAAUGUGUUUCACGCAAUGGAGUUCCAGAGACGGUACACGGAGCAUGGGAUUGUUAGUGUGACGCUUAAUCCGGGUAACCUCAAGUCUGAUCUAAAACGCCAUAUGCCUGCAUUCGGAUUUCUCAUCAUGAAAAUUAUCUUGCAUCGGCCUGUCAAUGGCGCAUACACGGAGUUAUUCGCUAGUCUCGCGCCCGGUGUUGCAGGUCUUAACACGGGCGAGUGGGCUGUACCUCUUGGGAGGGUAAUGCAAUUGAGGAAGGACUAUUAUUUCGAGGCUAGUAAGAAGACUGCGAGUGUAUUUUGA